AUGUGCUUAUUUGCCUCUCUGCUUUUGGUUGCUGGAGCUGCUAAGGCGCUGGUGCCAUUCUCUCCGCUGGACAUUCAACCAAGCCAUCCGCAGCCUUCUGGGGGAAACAACUAUCUUAAUGAAACUUCGGAUACGGCAGCCUCGUCCGCCUGGCUUGACGAAGCAUCAUCCGAAAUGACUGCCUCGUCUCUAUCCAUGACGAACUCUACGCUCGUGUUGAACAGUGUAUUGGCAGAACCCAAAUUCAUGUGCCUAGAUCGCUUUGGCUCCAACUUGAAUCCACGAAGCUGCCAAUCUGCAGCCUUUGCCAUCGGGGACCUGUCGACAAGUCUUUUUACCUGGGGACCUCGCGGUACUGCAGUCACAUACGACUUUCCCAUGCCUCAGCGGUGGGUUAGCUCGGACGGCACCUGCAUCAUCGCAGCGCUUAUUGGGCCACGCUCCACUUUCGCCCUCGCCACUUUGCAAGAUAUGGCAAUGGGAGCCAACACGGUGAUUCAGCAAUGCGUUGAGCAGAAGAGUCCAAACGAGGGUGGGAUUGUGAAGGAGCUUGGGGAUGGCAGGCUGGGUGUCAUCGUUGCCAAACAAACACCCAACGUUCGUUGUUACGGCAGUGCUGCCGUCAUGGGCAUAGUCAACUCUUGCCAAAGUAUCAUGGAUAAGAUGGAUGUCAGCAAAGAAGUGAGGACUUUCGGGACGGGAGGCGUAGGCGUCAAUGUGAAGUUGCCUUAUACUUGGUAUUCCGUGGAUAACAAGUGCAUCAUGACUCUUCGGACCUCUGGCCCAUCGGAUAGUGAGUCGUGGCAUAGGGUAUGGGAGACAGCGACGUUCGUUACUGCCAUGUGCGCGAGACAAGGGAAGAAAGGCUUGCACUCUCAAGUUGGGACGAAUAAGAAUCUCUUUCUUGAGGUCGCUGCAGAGGGCAUGGCCGAUGUUGAAACAUCAUAA